CUGCCCUGCCCUGCCCUGUCCCGUCCCUCCGCGGCGUAAGAUGGCGGUUCGGUUGUUCUGUCUGAGGGGAUUGCUGCGGGCCGUCGGCCCCCGGCGCUUCUCUGCCCAGGCCAGUCCUCUGCAAGCUGAGCAGCAUGGCACAAAGCGCCCUGAACCAUCUUCUGCUAAAAGCUUGCUUGAUAUAGGCACUCGGAGGAUCUUCUCAGCAGAACAUGAUAUCUUCAGGGAGAGUGCCAGGAAGUUCUUUCAGGAAGAAGUGGUGCCUUUUCAUGCAGAGUGGGAGAAGGAUGGCCAGGUGAGCAGGGAGCUCUGGGAAAAGGCUGGGCAGCAGGGAUUGCUGGGUGUUGCUAUCGCUGAAAAGCAUGGAGGCAUUGGAGCAGAUAUCCUCUCUUCAGCCGUGGUCUGGGAGGAGCAGAUGUAUGUUAACUGUUCUGGCCCAGGAUUCAGCCUUCAUUCAGAUAUAGUCAUGCCCUACAUUGCAAACUAUGGCUCUGAAGAGCAGAUAAAACACUUCAUCCCCAGAAUGAUCGCAGGCAAGUGCAUUGGAGCUAUUGCCAUGACAGAGCCUGGGGCUGGCAGUGACUUGCAGGGAAUCCGAACGUAUGCAAAAAAAGAUGGAGAUGACUGGAUUCUUAAUGGAAGCAAGGUAUUUAUCACUAAUGGUUGGAUGAGUGAUGUAGUGAUCGUGGUUGCAGUUACCAACCGGGAGGCCCGAUCUCCUGCUCAUGGGAUCAGCCUUUUUCUGGUGGAAAAUGGAACAAAAGGUUUCAUCAAGGGACGCAAGCUGAAUAAAAUUGGCUUGAAAGCUCAGGACACAGCAGAGCUGUUUUUUGAAGAUGUGCGGUUGCCAGCCAGUGCCUUGCUUGGAAAAGAGAACAAAGGCUUCUAUUAUCUGAUGGCAGAACUCCCUCAGGAAAGACUGCUAAUUGCUGACAUGGCUCUUGCCAGCUGUGAAUUCAUGUUUGAAGAAACAAGGAAUUACGUGAAGCAAAGAAAAGCUUUUGGGAAGACAGUUGCACACUUGCAGACGGUGCAGCACAAGUUGGCAGAAAUGAAAACACAGGUCUGUGUGGGCCGAGCUUUUCUGGACAGCUGUUUGCAGCUGCAUGCAGAGAAACGUCUGGACUCUCCCACAGCUUCCAUGGCAAAGUAUUGGGCUUCUGAUAUCCAAAACAACAUAGCUACUCAGUGCGUGCAACUGCAUGGAGGAUGGGGGUACAUGUGGGAGUAUCCAAUUGCAAAAGCUUUUGUGGACUCCCGUGUUCAGCCAAUCUAUGGUGGCACCAACGAAAUAAUGAAAGAACUUAUUGCUAGAGACAUUGUCAGUGACAAGUAGGGCAGGUGCUUACUAGUUUGAAGAGUCUUCCCAGAAUCCUAUAUAUUAGUACAUGGUAUAAAAUCAGACAUCAGAAUGUAAGUAAAAUAAAUGUGAUAUAUUGUAUUCCUUCAAGGAAGUGAUACUAUUAAAAAAUAGUAACAACAGUGUGCUCUAUGAAAAUAUCUAAUAUUAGAUGACCUUUUAAUUUAAGUAUCUCGGGACAACACAGAGUAAUCCUCUGGGUUCCAACAGUUCUGGUAGUGAAAUGCAGUUUUGUGUCUGGGACAUUAUGGGUAGUAUUUCAGACUUGAUGCCAUUAUAUUGAAUCCAGCCCUCACUUUUCAGAAUUACAGCUCCAGAGAAGCCAUGUUCUUCACAAACGAACAGAAUUUAUGUUAGCAUUUAUCACUGAAUUUGUGUUCCCCUUUGACAACCUGGAGUUGAAACUUAACUACUGUCGCUGUACAGUUUGGGGAGGGACUAUACAGCUGACCUCGAUGUUUACAUGUAACCCAAGCUGCCUUAUUUUAAUUACUUUGUUCAAAUAAAUAUAAUAAAGCGUUUCUAUGCAAUC